UAUACUACUGCUAGCAUUAUAUACUUACUCCAGGGCUGCAGGAACUCCAGUUAAGAUCCUGAAACACAAGUACACUAGAAUCCCGCGCGCAAGCUAGAGUAGGAAACUUUGUUGCAACAUGCCUGCUGGUAUGGAUGCAUCUACUACCGUCCGCGCUACCAAGCGGUGGUGGUUCGAGUUAUUGGCAUGCCUAGCGCUCCUGGUUGCAGCCACCGCCGUGCUGGGGGUAUCUGCCGCGCCCCCCACCGCCGCCGACCUCGCGCACUGCCCCAAAUCCUGUGGAGGCGUGAACAUCUCGUACCCCUUCGGCAUCGGGCGGGGCUGCUUCCGCCCGGGCUUCGAGGUCAACUGCAACAACAGCACCCGACCUCCCAAACUCUUCCUGGCCAACACCACCACCACCACCGAGAUUGUCUACCAAUAUCCAUAUGGCGAUGUUUACGCGUCCAUCGUCUUCAACAUCGCCACCAGUCCUGGUGCAUUUGACAAUUACAGCUGGUCGUGGGAGGCUCCUGGAAAGAGCCUUAUUAUCUAUCCGCAGUCAGCUUUUGUGUUCAUCGUCGGGUGCGGUUUUGAGGCCUUCUUGUUCGAAAAUACUACUAGUGGUCCUGGCGACCUGCUGGGUAAUUGUGCUAGCACGUGCGCUGAUUCGGCGGCUUUGGGAACAGAGGCAGAGGAAGGAGACUGUAACGGCAUGGGAUGCUGCAACAUCGCGUUGCAAAAGCAAGUUCGUGCCUUUACACUUUCCAUCAUUCAAAAGGAAGAAACAGUGCCUGCUGCGCUUGCGAAUGCUACCGUCAAAGCAUUCCUACUAUCUGAAGGAGGCUACAGUUUUAGCAUGGCUGAUCUGUUGUCCGAUAAGAUUAACCAAAGCACCAUUGGCGCUGCUACGGCAUACCUACUUCCUGUGAUCACAGAUCAACCGACUUGUCGAAUGGCUAGGAUGAAUAAGCAGUACGCCUGUGCUGCUAACAGCGAUUGUGGGGAUGAUGGAAACAGAGGGUACUACAGAUGUCGCUGCUCCAACGGAAACGACGAUGGCAACCCCUAUGUUGUUGGCCCGGACGGGUGCUCCUCAGAGUACAACCCUAGUGACGGGAAGCUGAUGAACUGUUCAAGAUCAUGUGGCAAUACAAGUAUUCCAUUCCCAUUUGGGCUUGAAAAAGAAUGUUCAGCUAAUAGCAAAUUUCAACUGAAUUGCACGUCAAAUUUGACCCUAAUCGGACCAUCAUCUAGGCAAUAUGAGGUGGUAAAUAUUUCUGUCGAUGGAGGACUCCUGUAUGUCAACAAAACCUAUGACCCUCAACAUAUGUCAUAUGAUAUGUAUGAAGCGGAAAUUGACUAUCUAAUGGACGAUGAUAUUGAUUUCUCUGGGGAAUAUGGUAUUUGGAAAUGGGCUAUCAGCAACACAACAUGUGACGUGGCAAAGAACCAGAACCAGAACAGAUAUGCAUGCAUCAGCACAAACAGUGAGUGCACAAAUGUCACCCAUGGACCAGUCUACAUUGGUUACCGUUGCAAGUGUUCACACGGCUAUGAAGGAAACCCUUACGUAAGGAAUGGUUGUAAUGAUAUUAACGAGUGCUUGGUGAUACCAUACUUGUGUAAUGAAACAUGUUUUAAUCGGGAAGGAAGUUAUAAUUGCACCAGCUGCCCUCAAGGCACAUCGUUUGAUCCUGUACAAAGGCAAUGCACUUCUAGUAAACAUCGCAGCCUUGUUUUUGCUGUUGCUAUUGGACUUGGCUCUGGCUUUGGAGUCUUGGUUCUCACGCUAAGUACGACCAUAUUAAUCCAACAAUGGAGGAGACACAUCCGAAGGACAAUUCGAAGGGCACACUUCCGGAGAAACAAAGGCCUACUCCUGGAGCAGCUAAUCUCAUCUGAGGAAAGUGCUACCCAGAGCACAAAAAUAUUUUCCUUAGAAGAACUAGAGAUGGCAACAAAUAGCUUUGACUCGACACGAAUUGUUGGCUGUGGUGGUCAUGGUACGGUUUACAAGGGAAUUUUAUCAGAUCAACGUGUGGUAGCCAUCAAAAUGUCCAAAGUUGUCGAGCAAAGUGAGAUCGAUCAAUUUAUAAAUGAGGUUGCCAUCUUAUCUCAAAUUAUUCAUCGCAAUGUGGUGAAGCUUUUUGGUUGCUGUCUUGAAUCUGAUGUGCCUUUACUUGUGUACGAAUUCAUCUCGAAUGGCACACUUUAUGAUCUUCUUCAUGGUGAUUUGAGUACCAGAUGUUUGUUAACAUGGGAUGACCGUACAAGGAUUGCUCUUGAGGCUGCAACUGCUCUUGCUUAUCUCCAUUCGGCUGCUUCAAUCCCAAUCUUCCAUAGAGACGUGAAAUCUGCCAACAUACUGUUAAAUGAUAGUUUCACCGCAAAGGUUUCAGAUUUUGGUGCCUCAAGAUCCAUUUCUAUUGAUGAGACUCAUGUUGUCACCAUUGUGCAGGGGACAUUUGGGUACUUAGAUCCUGAGUAUUAUCAUACAGGACAGUUAAAUGAGAAAAGCGAUGUUUAUAGCUUCGGUGUGAUUAUAGUUGAGCUACUAACAAGGAGGAAACCAAUUUUUCUCAAUUGCUUGGGUGAAAAGCAGAAUUUAUCUCAUUGCUUCAUUCAAAGACUGCGGGAUAAAACUACCUUAGAAAUAUUGGAUCCUCAGGUUAUUGAGGAAGCAAGCCAGGGGGAAAUUGAUGAGAUGGCUUCACUUGCAGAGAUGUGUUUAAAGGUUCACCGAGAAGAGAGACCUACAAUGAGAGAGGUGGAGUUAAGACUGCAGCUCUUGUGGGGUAAGAUAACUAAGAAGAAUCGAGAUGAUUUGCAAGUGGACAAUGAAAUUGAGCCAUUGUUACUGUCUAAGUCCAACUCAAGUUCUCGCGCUCAGUAUAAUCAGCUCGGAGCAAUUUCUGACUCCAUAAAUAAUCAUGAAGCCACUCGAUGCUACACCAUGGAGCAAGAACUUGUUUCUUGGAGUGAUUUACCUCGCUAAAUGUGGAAUGCACUUCCUGUAUAAUACCGUCAGUGUAAACACUUUUUUUGGAAUGUACUUUUAGAUUUGUGGUUGUGAAACUGAUCUGGAGGAUGAUAUAGGAACUUUUUGAAGUUGAACAAUUCAAUCUUUCUUGUUAAUUUGAAUAUUUGAUGAUACAUUACUUUCUUUGCAAAAAAAAA